AUGGCCAACUCAAAAUUUGAAUACGUCAAGAGCUUCGAGCAGCCCGACUUCUUGUUGCCAAACACCUGGAUCGUCGUCCGCAUAGAUGGGCGAGGUUUCACCAAACUCUGCGCAAAGUAUGCGUUUGAAAAGCCGAACGACAAGAGGGCCCUCGACCUCAUGAAUGCCGCCGCCAGGGUCGUCGUCACCGAGCUUCCAGACAUCACCAUCGCCUACGGCGUCAGCGACGAGUACAGUUUCGUGUUCCACAAAUCAUGUACCCUCUUUGAGAGAAGGGCCAGCAAGAUCUCAAGCACAGUCGUUUCAACAUUCACCGCAAACUACGUCCACUUGUGGUCGCAGUAUUUCCCUGAUACCCCGCUCACCGCGCCUUUGCCGGGCUUCGAUGGAAGAGCCGUAUGCUAUCCUACCGUGUCAAACUUGAGAGACUACAUGAGCUGGCGCCAAGUCGAUUGCCACAUCAACAACUUAUACAACACGACAUUCUGGGCUCUGAUCCAAUUAGGCGGCCUCGACAACAGAGAGGCAGAGAAGCUCUUGGCGGGGACCGUCUCCGGGGACAAGAACGAGAUCCUCUUCUCUAAAUUCAAGAUCAACUACAACAACGAACCCGAGAUCUACAAGAAAGGCAGUGUAGUCUUCCAUGACUACGAGCUCGUCGAACCGGGGACCCAUAACGCCACGCAGGCGGCAGAUGCCCUCGCGGAGCCGGUGCAGCAGAGCAAGACGCAAGCGGACAAAGACAAGAAGAAGCGAAGCAAGGCCCGCGUCGUCAUCGAGCAUCUUGACAUCAUCAAGGACGACUUCUGGGAUAGGAGGCCGUGGCUGCUAUCAAACAAGCCAGGGAAGACUCCCAAGGAGCCCUGA